AUGGCUGCAACUAACUCCUCCACAACCUCAGACGGCACACCUCUCUUGUAUCCCACUGUAUACGUUUCGCCCAUGAAAGAUUCAAAGAAGCCACAAAGUAUGCUGGGGUUGGGCGGUGGAUUCAUCGCCGCCGGGUCCAGGGAUCGAUCGAGCUGGUGCAAUUCUGUCGCUUCGUCUUCGUACAACGGCUCGCUCGAGGAAAAGUUGAGGCAGGCUGAACACGAUGUCAGGAGGCUCUCGGGCAUGGAUUCGCUCAAAGACGGCGAUGACGGGAGUAUCAUCACUUGGAAUAUGCGCAAGCAAGCCAGGCAAUCCACUUCUACCCGAGGAUGGAUUGAUAUCGGGCUGGAAGAUGAGCGCGAGCACUCGAAGCAAUCAGAUCUCUCGCCAAUGCCACCCUAUCUACACUUGCCAUCGUUCCCAUCGACACCCGAGCCUCUAUUCUCGCCUUCUCCGGAGCCUGUCGAACUUGAUGCAACAACGACACAACACGUUUGCAGGUCCGCUACUCGCUCGCGCCAGUCAUCAUGCGCCUCUUCACGCUUUCAUGCUAGGCCGACACAUAAAAUAGCAUCAUCUCGGUCUCGAGGUCUUCGAUCCGACACAUGUCCCGAGUUUAGUCGUCCAACAUCUCUCUUGAAACCCGUGCCCGGUGAAGACAUGGAACGAGAUCCAUUACAUAUCAGAUAUAUGGGUGAACCCCCAACCCCUAAUUCGCCACCUCCCAAGGACCCUUUCAUGUUCGACGACGUAAAAGAGGCCCGCAACCAUAUCGAGCAGCAACUCAAACAAGCCAUGGCCGAUCAAAGUAAUCCAAAACCAAACAUGGAACAAGAAGCACGACCCAAGAAAAUGAGGUGGAGCUCUCUUCCCAGUUCCCUCAUGAAGCUCACCAAGCGUCACUCCAAACCUGAAGAGGAUAUGCUAGUAAACGCCCACAAGAAACACCGCGACCAGAAGACGGACAAUUCCAUUGUCACAAACGAUAAUCUCCAAAGCUGGGUAGAUGAAGCCGGUCACAUUCAAAACAUGCACAGAACAGGCAGGGACAGUUUCGUCUCCAGCCCCGUACAAGUCGACAUGAUGACACAUGAAAACUACAGCCACUCGAUUCUCAUACCACCCACCAUUCCCUCGCCUCAAUACCAAGACUUUGGCCCGACACCCCCCUCAUCGCCGUCCCUCGCUCAAAUCAGACUUCAGCAACGAAGCCAUCACCAGAAUUCGCCCUCUUUCUCUGGCGCUUUCCCAUCCCCACUUCCCACGCCCCCACCCGAGCGUCCACGCUCUCUCCUCUCUCUCGCCAGCCAAAAAGAAUUCGCCGCCGAAAAGGCAAAUACGCUCUUUACCUGCACCGUCUGCAAGGAGGCAGAACACCCCUCCACCUUUCCGCUCCGCAAAAUCACAAAAUCGUGCAUGCAUCCUACACGGACCUGUUUAGACUGCUUACGCAACUGGAUCGAUACGUGCGUGAGGGAGGGUCGUUGGGAAGGGUGUACGUGCCCCGAGUGCGGACUCACCAUGUCAACCGAGGACGUCGAUGCUUUCUCGUCUGCUGGAGGCUUCAUGCGAUGA